CACGACGAUGACUAAAAAGAACCCACAAAACGACAACAGGCCCAAUAAUGGCCCAGAAUCACACAAAUGGGGCCAACAUAAAGCCCAAUAAAUCGUCACCGUACGAUCAUAUUAUCUACCCCUGAUUCCAACCGUUGGAUGAAAACAGUAGGCCCCACAAAACCAAGCUUCAUUGACUCUUCACACUUCAUAGCAGGCACAGUUACAGUGCUCAGAAAUAGUAACACUCGAAGACGACAUUGCCGCGUUUGCGUUUUGGUGUGGCUCGUUUUACACUUCACUCUGUUACGACGUCGUUUUCCAACAAACGACGGCACCGACACUCAUUCCUUUCAUUUCUCGCUUCUCCGUUUUGCAGCUGGAAAAUCCAAGCGGUGAUAUUUUCCCGAGGGAAGUUUCUGUGAGAGGCAAAGAGGUGUUUUCAAAGCAGGUGCUUGGAAUGUUUAUCCAAUUGAUCUCAGGUUAGAACUGAAUCCUGAAUACUAUCCACCAGCAUGAGUAAUAAACUUAUUGACGGGUUCAAACCAGAGAAGUCAUCUCUGCCGUAUGCUGAUCUUAAUAGCAAGAUUACCAAGCAAACAACCUGUAGAAGGGAAAAUGGUGAAGAUGAGCUUGUUAUGCACAUGUCAAGUUUACCAGGUUAUUUGGAGAGGGGAGAAAAAGUUCCCGAGAAAGUUUUGAAUGUCGGGGUCCUUGAUUGGGCCAGUCUAGAGCAUUGGCAGUACAGCCAUAAACAUGUACCCCACAGGAGUAGUCAGAGCUCAACAUCUUCUAGUAAUACAUCGUCAUCUAUUCGCCCGGAGGAAUUAUCUGGUAAUUCUAGAAGGGGUCUGAAUUGGUCUCCUCAUCUAAGGAUAAUCCCUCCGUCAGUGCAAUCUCACUCUAUUGCUUCUAUAAAACAAGACAGUUCUAUAGCUGUUAGGUCCUCUGCAGAAAAUUUUGGAAAUCGUCUGAAUCUUAGAGGUACCCACAGUAGUUUUGACAUACAGAGAAGAAAUGUUCGAACUGUUGAUCAUCUUUCCCGAAACCAUCCUACUAGCAUACUGAAAGGAUGUGAUAGGUUGGAAAUGAGCACACGAGAUGAUCAAAUGGAAAAGAAAAGGGAGAAUUUACCUAGAGAACAAAAUGGUGAUAUUAAUGCACAUGAUAUGCUUGGGAAAAGCAAACCAAUUGUUCUUAUUUUACCUAGAGACAUUCCUCAAAAAAACAAUCAUUGUGGAGCUUCUGAUAAGGGAACAACCUUGGAUCAGAAGUUAGGAAGCCAUAGUCAAAAAAGAAAUUUAGUAAAUCCUAAGGAACCCUCCCGUACAUAUAUGAGUUGCAAUGUUUCAAAAUCCUGUUCUUUGGCAGAUGAACUUAGUCAAAGUCAUUCUCAGCCUAAAGAGUCACCGUCCAGUUCCUUAGAUUCAGAAAGUUUCAAAAUUCCUGUUUCUACUUUUUCAGUACCUGUACCAGGCAGAAUGGGAAUGAGCCCAGACAGAUCAAGAAAGGCCGAGGAAAGAAAACCCAGCAUUGCUGGAUCUUCAUCUGCAAAUGGACCUCGUAGAGAAGUAGAUCAGAAAGUAACUACCGAUCAGAAAGUAACUACUGAAAAACCAAGAAGCUCUUCACCUUUUCGCCGAUUAAGCUUCAGCAUGGGAUUCACAAAUAAAGUUUCUGGGUGUAAGGAGGUUGCACAUGUGCCACACCAGAGCACCAUUGCAACACAUAAACCUAGUUCAGAAAAUGUGAGAGGUUAUGCUAGCUCAAACAUUCCAGACAGCAGUGAUAAACCUAGAAGUUCCAGCAAAAGCAGGGCCAGCCCUUUGAGGAGAUUCCUUGAUCCACUAGUGAAACCAAAGGCAGCAAACUGCCAUCAUUCCUUGGAUUUAUCUCAAAAAGAUUCAGAAAAUGCGAGAGGUAGUGCUGGGUCAAACAUAUCAGGGAACAAAUCAGGUGCUGCCGGUAAAGGCAGGUCCAGCCCUUUAAGGAGAUUACUGGACCCACUGCUGAAACCAAAGGCAGCAAACUCCCAUCACUCCAUGAAUUUAUUUCAAAAAGAAACAGUGUCAACAAAUAAGAACUGUAGGUCAGGGAAUGGAACAUGUUCCACUAUACUGCCAGCAAAAGAAUUGGACAAGGACGGGAGGUUUGGUUGUUCCACAGCUAACACUGUAGAAUCGUCGAGUGAAGAGGCGCAUAUGCCAUCAACAUCUCAAUCUGUACUGAGAAUUUCCAUGAAGAAUGGUCAGCCCUUUUUUACAUUUGCUGCUGGCAACAAUAGCAACAUUCUUGCUGCCACAGUGAAGAGAUCCACUGUAUUAAAAAAAGAUGAAUGCAACUGUAUCUAUACUUUUUACACCUUUAAGGAGAUUAUAAAGAAGAAUGGCAGUCGGACGAAUCACAACGAAAAAAGCAAAGGUCCUGAUUAUGUUCGCCAUGUCAUUGCCCAAAUGAAGCUUUCUGAUAUGCACUAUCAUGAUUCAAAUAGUCAGAAUCGUGUGGAGUCUAUCACAAAAGAAUUUGUUUUGUUUUCUGUAAAGCUAAAGCAAGGAGAUGCUCAGGUGACUGACUAUCAGCCAAAUGAUGAGCUUGCUGCCAUAGCUGUCAAAUCACCUAAAGCUGUCAAUUAUGCGUAUCAGAAUAGUUGCCAGAAUGAAUGUCAAGAUCUAUUACAGGUGACAGUGGUGCUUCCAAGUGGGGUUCAUAGUCUUCCAAGUGAUGGUGGACCUUCAUCGCUGAUUGAGCGCUGGAAAACUGGUGGAUCCUGUGAUUGUGGUGGUUGGGAUUUGGCUUGUAAACUAAAAAUUCUUGCAAACAAUAAUCAAACAUGCAGAAAAUCAGCAUCAGAAGCUUAUUUCGCAGAUCAAUAUGAGCUUUUCUUCCAGGGAAAUGACCAAUGUCAAGAUAACCGUCCUGUUUUCAGUUUUUCAAAUUUUGAAGCUGGAGCAUAUUCAGUAGCUUUUGGUUCAUCACUUUCACCCUUGCAAGCGUUUUCAAUCUGCAUAGCAAUGUUGGAUGGCAAGCUCCCUUGUGAAGUUUCUGGAUCAAGAAACUCCAUUGAGGGAACAAAUAGGAGGCAAUCUCAAUUGGUUCAAACAGAUGAUUCAAAAAUGGUUCAUGGUAAAUCUGAGGACAUUCCUGCAAGUUAUGUUGCUUAUCCUCCAAUCUCUCCAGCUGGAAGGGUCUAAACAUUAAGUGCACAAAGUGGGUAACCAACAAUAGUAUGUCAUUCUUCAUCAUAUCUGCUGCAUAGGUGAAAGCCUUGCAAGCUCAUAACAAUCAUAGAACAUCAUUGUCUGCUAACAACCAAUUGAAGUGUGAAUAGCAAUAAAUUGCAUUUUAUCUUUUGGUAUUUCAUAAUUGUCUCGUUGGCAUGGUUGACUAUUGACAAAAUGAUGUAUUUAGAGUCGUUUCAUUGAAUGGAUAGGUGGCCCCAUUCAAUAUGCCAUCAUGAGGUAAUGUGAUCCAAGUGUACUAUUAAACUUGAUUCCCAAAAGGAAAGUAAUAAUGCUACUAUAUCUA